GCCUGCCGGGAGAGGGGCCCCCUAGACCGGCGUCCCCCCACAUUUGGACUCUCCCUUGGGCCCCGGUUCGGGGGCGAUCUCCAGCUGAGAUUCGGGGCUGGCGAGGAAGGGGGCUGGGGGGACGCGGUCCUGUGGAUCGGGGCUCCCAGGCCAAGCCCUGGGCUUCGGUAGCUUUCCGGACGAUCAGCAGCGCCCCCCUCCUCGCGUGGCCCUGGUGCCCCGCACCCAGGGUCACCAAGGCUGUCCCCGCCUGUUGGAUCGGAGCGUCAUGAGGUCCCUGGGUGCCAGAGUGUGUGGUCCCCCAGGCCACCAGCUGUCUUCUCCUUUGUGGAGAGAGGAAGGGUGGGGGUUAUUUAUCUGCGGGGAUUCUCCCGUUCCUCCCCGGUGAGAAACCCUUGUUCUGCUGGCGACCAUGGAACUGGAGCCCGGACCUUAGGAGAGACGCCCCCAGUUCCUCGCAGGGCCAAACUCAGACAAGAGUGAACCAUGGAGCUGCGUGUAGGGAAUAAGUACCGUCUGGGUCGUAAGAUCGGGAGCGGAUCCUUUGGGGACAUCUACCUGGGUGCCAACAUUGCUUCUGGUGAAGAAGUGGCCAUCAAGCUGGAGUGCGUGAAGACCAAGCACCCGCAGCUGCAUAUCGAGAGCAAAUUCUACAAGAUGAUGCAGGGGGGAGUGGGGAUCCCAUCCAUCAAGUGGUGCGGGGCUGAGGGCGACUACAAUGUGAUGGUCAUGGAGCUGCUGGGCCCCAGCCUGGAGGACCUCUUUAAUUUCUGCUCCCGCAAGUUCAGCCUCAAGACGGUGCUGCUCCUGGCCGACCAGAUGAUCAGCCGAAUUGAGUACAUCCACUCCAAGAACUUUAUCCACCGGGACGUCAAGCCUGACAACUUCCUCAUGGGCCUCGGGAAGAAAGGCAACCUAGUGUACAUCAUCGACUUCGGUCUGGCCAAGAAGUACCGGGACGCUCGUACCCACCAGCACAUCCCCUACCGGGAAAACAAGAACCUGACCGGCACUGCCCGCUAUGCCUCCAUCAACACGCACCUGGGCAUCGAACAAAGCCGUCGUGACGACCUGGAGAGCCUGGGCUACGUGCUCAUGUACUUCAACCUGGGCUCCCUGCCCUGGCAGGGCCUCAAAGCGGCCACCAAGCGCCAGAAGUAUGAGCGGAUCAGUGAGAAGAAGAUGUCCACGCCCAUCGAGGUCCUCUGCAAAGGCUACCCCUCCGAGUUCUCAACAUACCUCAACUUCUGCCGCUCCCUGCGGUUCGACGACAAGCCCGACUACUCCUACCUGCGCCAGCUCUUCCGCAACCUCUUCCACCGGCAGGGCUUCUCCUACGACUACGUUUUCGACUGGAACAUGCUCAAAUUCAUGCGGCCCCUCUCACACCAGCCCCCCGCCCUUCCCUGUGGACGGCCCCAGGACCGACUAGGGUGCAGCCCGGAACCCCGAGGACGUGGACCGGGAGCGGCGAGAGCACGAGCGCGAGGAGAGGAUGGGGCAGCUGCGAGGCUCCGCCACGAGAGCCCUGCCCCCAGGCCCACCCACGGGGGCCACUGCCAACCGGCUCCGCAGUGCGGCCGAGCCUGUGGCUUCCACCCCAGCCUCCCGCAUCCAGCAAGCUGGCAAUACUUCUCCCAGAGCGAUCUCUCGGGUCGACCGGGAGAGGAAGGUGAGCAUGAGACUGCACAGGGGCGCUCCCGCCAACGUCUCGUCCUCGGACCUCACUGGGCGACAAGAGGUCUCCCGGAUCUCAGCCUCACAGACAAGCGUGCCAUUUGACCACCUCGGGAAGUGAGGAGAGCCACAAUCGGACCAGUGUUUGCUUAGUGUCUUCACUGUAUUUUCUUUAAAAAAAAAAAACAAACAAAAAAUCAUGGAAAAAAAAAAAAAAACCACUCAAUGAACAGCAAAAAAAAAAAACAAAACCCAGCACAAAACCGACGACGGAUUUUAUUUCUUUGAUUUAUGUUGCCAGUGGCAAAAAGAUGGGGUGCCCUUCACACCGAGGAUUCUGGUCCCCCUGCCGUGGCCACUGCCUCCAACCUACAGGCUGCCACGUACUCCCUGGACAACACUAGGUCACAGGAGCCAGAUGGCCCGGCCCCACCCAGCCACCCAUUCCUGUGCUGCACAGCACAGCACCUGCAGGAGGGGACCCUCGGCGUUGGAGAUGGAACCAUCAGAGGUGACCCGAGGAACACAUGUCGGGGAGUGGCACAGUCAUGGAAGGUGGGUCCCAGCGGAUUUCAUGCACCUCUGAACCAACCAGACGGGCGCACUUAGCCCCCGCCUCUACGAAGCCAGCAGUGAACUUUGUGUGUUGGGCUUUCCCAGUGUCCCCUGGCGCAUUUGGGCCCCUCAUCCACCUCUCCACGAAGACCCCAAGAAGGCAGAGAGGCGAGGUCCACGAUGCCUCCCUUGUGGGCCUGUGUGACCUGUGAGCCCAGAACAGCGGGUGCCCACCGCCUGCCAGGCCACGCUGCCGUUUUCCUCCCCUUACAAGGAUGGGGGGACGGUGUCCUCCACAUUCCCUCAGGGCACAGAGGGUCCUGCCACCACUCCCUGGUGCCAGCCAGUGGCGGCCCCAUCAUCCACUCCCGGUCCCAGACAGCAUCAGGCCGCACGUCAUCAGCUGCUCCCCGGUCUUGAGGGUCGCCUGAGGUCCCUCCUCCCCGGGUGCUGCCUUUCCAAGGCAGAGCCUGGGGUCAGGGCUAAGUGUAGGAUUUCUCCAUCCUUCCUAGUUAACAUCUGUUUUUUUAUUUUAUUUUAUUUUUGUUUGUUUUCUCCAUGUGUGUACUUCCUAAUUUAUUUACCUCGGUUUCCCCUUCCUUUUUUUUUUUAAAGAGCAAAGCUUUUUAUUACUUCGUAAUUUAAAAAACUGAAAAAAAAAUACUGAAGAACUUUGGGGGGAAUUUUGUACUUUUUUCCUGUGUAAAUAUUGGACUUUUUUGAGCUUUAUUGUGGUUGUUAAUUUGAAGUAAUAAAGUAGAAAAGAAUAAAGUGA